CCGCUAGUCAGACAGUCAUGGAGGAGCAUGUUAGAACAGUGGUCCCCAACCUAUUUUUACAUUUUUGAGGAGGGGGGGUUUCGCACAUUAUAGCCAUCUAAUUUAUCUUAUUUAUUAUGUAUUGUGUAAAACUAAGACAUGACUAACAUGAAAUUAAAAGCACCAAAUGAAUGCCGACCCAUCAUCCACCAGUUCAAGUUCCAGCCAAGUUUUUCCAGAGAGAUUAUUACAUGGCUGUUUGACGUGAGUGGUAAAGGUAGUGAGUGCGCUAGCAUGAAUUCACUUGAGACGAAUGUGCACAUUAGCACUCAAUAAGCCAUCAAAACUUACCUUUAUGCAUUCCCACAUAGUAUCAGCAUUUGACACCAAAUAUGAGGUGAAAGAAAAAUGGUAAAAAUACAGUAGUAGUCUAUCUGGGCGGCAUGAGAUAAAGUUAGCACACGCACAAUGGACAUGCGUCAAGUGAGACGGAUGUAACAGAGAAUCCGGCCACUUCUCAAAAUAAAACACACACAAAAAAUGAAAUAAUGGAAAUUAUUUUUCUUUCUGUGCGGCCCGGUACCAAAUGACCCGCGGCCCGAGGGUUGGGGACCACUGUGUUAGAAGACGCACACGAGAGCCACAAGAAGACACUGAAGGAGAACCUCGCAAGAUGUGGGAAGUGCAAGAAAGCCUACUACUGCAAUGUCAAAUGUCAGAAGGGGGACUGGGCCAUGCACAAGCUGGAAUGCUCUGCCAUGGUGGCAUUCGGGGAGAAGUGGUGCCCGUCAGAGACGUCCCGUCUGGUGGCUCGAAUUCUCGACAAGAAGAAAACACAGAAAGAACGAUGUCAGUCUGAGAAGAUUUUACAGAUUGGAGAAAUGCAGUCUCACGUAGAGGACAUAGACAAUGAGAAGAGAGAGAACAACCAGGCAGACAUAGCCGGGCUGCAUCAUUUUUACUCCAAACAUUUGGACUUUCCCGACUCCAAAGAGCUGCUCUCGCUCUUCUCGCAGGUGUCCUGUAACGGCUUCACCAUAGAGGACGAGGAACUGUCCCACAUGGGCACCGCAGUCUACCCGGACGUGGCGCUAAUAAACCACAGCUGUCUCCCCAGUGUCAUAGUCACUUAUGACAGGACGCGGGCUGAGGUUCGAGCGGUGAAGGACAUGAAGCCUGGAGAUGAAGUCCUGAUCAGCUACAUAGACCUGCUCUACCCCACUGACGACCGCAACAACCGGCUGAGAGAGUCUUACUACUUCACCUGUGACUGCCAGGAGUGUAAGAGCAGGUCUAAAGACAAGGUGAAGCUGAAAGUGCGUAAGCAGAGCGAGCCCAUCGAGGCCGAGGCGGUCAGUGCCAUGGUGCGCUACGCCAGGAAGACCAUCCGGGAGUUUCGAGCCCUCAAACACGUAAAGACCCCUAGUGAGCUGCUGGAGAUGUGCCAGCAGAGCCUGGAGGAGAUGGGGGCAGUGUUUGACGACUCCAACGUCUACAUGCUCCACAUGAUGUACCAGGCCAUGGGUGUGUGCAUAUACAUGUCAGACAUAGAGGGAGCCGUGAGAUACGGCGAGAAGCUCCUCAUACCGUUCAGCCACUUGUAUCCGGCCUACUCUCUGAACGUGUCGUCCAUGUACCUGAAGCUGGCCAGACUCUACAUGGGACUGGAUAGGCGCUCUAUGGGCUUGAGUGCCCUGAAGAAGGCGAUAGCCAUCAUGGAAGUCGCCCAUGGCAAAGAUCACCACUAUCUGAAAGAGCUGCACAAAGAGAUGGCACAACAGUGACAAGCAACAGACUGUGUUUUAUUGCUUCCAAUGGCACUUUCUACUGCUGGGAUACCGAAAGAACGGAAGCCAAUGACGGAUUUAAGAUACUGUUUUUUUUUUUGUUUUGUUCAAGCUGUUUUGUCAUUUCCAUGUAGGAAGGUGUGCAUUUACACCGUGAUGCUCUUUUUGUUGUUUUAACGCUUAAGGCCCCUUGAAAAUUAAGUUAGACUUUUAACCCUUAGGUCCCAAAACAGCCCAAAACCAUAAAAAUACAAAAAAAAAACAUAAUAAAAAUGUAAUAUCGGAAUAUUUUAUUCACGAUAUCAUAUCUUUUCAACAACUUUAGCCCGAACCACAUUUUCAAAUAAUUGUUUUUCAAAACACGUAUCUUAAAAUAUUCAAGGUUUGCGGGGAUUUUUUAUGUUUCUGGAAUUUCUUUUUUUUUUGUUUUCAUGGAACAACAGCAAUAAA